GGCGCCUGCGCUGAAAAAAUCAACUAGCCCUGGCAUAGGUACUUUUAUGUAUAGUAGACAUAUAUACACACACAAAUAUAUAAAUAUAUAUGUAUAUCUGUAACUGAUCAAUUUCAUCAACUUUACCAAAUAUCAUCUGAUUAGUAAACAUUCGAAUAAUUUAUAUAAAAUGGGAAAUGAAAGUUCUCUGCCUAUGGAACUUUGUUCCAAUUUUGAUGCCGACGAAAUAAGAAGAUUAGGAAAGAGAUUUCGUAAAUUAGAUCUUGAUAAUAGUGGAGCGUUAAGUAUUGAUGAGUUUAUGUCAUUACCAGAAUUACAACAAAAUCCAUUAGUACAAAGAGUGAUUGAUAUUUUUGACGCUGAUGGUAAUGGAGAAGUAGAUUUCAAAGAAUUCAUUCAAGGUGUCUCGCAAUUCAGUGUCAAGGGUGAUAAGGAAAGUAAAUUGAGAUUCGCAUUCCGAAUUUACGACAUGGAUAAUGAUGGGUUUAUAAGUAACGGCGAAUUAUUUCAAGUUCUUAAGAUGAUGGUUGGUAAUAACCUUAAAGACACUCAACUUCAACAGAUUGUCGAUAAAACAAUUUUGUUUGCCGAUAAAGAUGAAGACGGAAAAAUUAGUUUUGAAGAGUUUUGCUCGGUUGUUGGCAAUACUGAUAUACAUAAGAAAAUGGUCGUCGACGUAUAAUUUAUUUAAAUUAUUUGAAAAUUAAAAAAAAAUACAAAAUAACUUCGACAUCAUUAUUGCAUAAUUACUUAAAAAAAAAAAAAAAAAAAAAAAAAUAAAAACAAAAAAAAAAUGUAUCUCAAUUUCACUCCAUUUAAUAUUAUUGAUAACAGGAAGCUGAGAUCUGUUUAAAAGUAAUAAUUAUUAAUUAAUUGUCUUACAAUUUUUAAAUAAAUUUUUUUUUAAUUUAUAUCCAUAAUAUUUAUCAAUCGCGACACUUUAAAUUAAGAGCACAAACGAAUAAUAAAUUUUGCUCGUUAUUUCAUAAUCUAAUUAUUAUUAAAG